CCGACCCGCCGGGCCCCACGCUGCCGGGGCCCAAGCAGCCAAGCUCCCCCAGCCAUGGUGAACCCCGACAGGUGGAUGCCAGAAAUAAGAAUGUCUAAGCCACUGGAGCUGGAGAAGGCACGAGUGGAGCCACAUGGGGAGCACACAGACACAGAACGAAACGGUCCCGACACAAACCACCAGACCCAGCAGAGCAAACCAGCCCCGUUCUCCCCGGCCCCCACCGGCCCCAGCCCCAAGAUCAAGGCCGAGGACCCCCCGGCCCUGCCUCCAGCUCCAGCACCGGCCCCCCCGGCCCAGCAGCCGCACCUGCCCCAGGCCCAGCUCAUGUUAGCCGGCAGCCAGCUGGCCGGGCUGACGGCCCUGAUGCCUGCCCAGCAGCAGCUCCUCCUGCAGCAGGCGCAGGCGCAGCUUCUGGCGGCGGCCGUGCAGCAAUCCAACGCAGCCGCUGCAGCCACCGCCGGCAGCCAGCCGCCGGGGGGCGAGGCGCCCCAGAGCCAGCCGCAAACGCCCCAGCUGGCUCUGUCGCAGCCCAUCCAGCUCACCGCGCAGGACAUCCAGCAGCUCCUGCAGCUCCAGCAGCUGGUGCUUGUCCCUGGCCACCACCUCCAGCCGCCCGCCCAGUUCCUGCUGCCACAGGCCCAGCAAGGACAGCAAGGGCUGCUCCCGACACCAAAUCUCUUUCAGCUACCUCAGCAAAGCCCGGGGGGGCUCCUGCCAGCCCCCCCCCGCGCCGGGCUGCCUGCUCAGCCAGUGACUCGGCCGGGCCUCCCCGAGUCCCACCUCGCGCACCCCCAGCCCCCGAAAUGCCUGGAGCCGCCGGCGCACCCCGAGGAGCCCAGCGACCUGGAGGAACUGGAGCAGUUCGCCCGCACCUUCAAACAGCGACGCAUCAAGCUGGGCUUCACGCAGGGCGAUGUAGGGCUGGCCAUGGGGAAACUCUAUGGCAACGACUUCAGCCAGACGACCAUCUCCCGCUUCGAGGCCCUGAACCUCAGCUUCAAGAACAUGUGCAAGCUCAAGCCACUGCUGGAGAAGUGGCUGAAUGAUGCCGAGACCAUGUCGGUGGACUCGACCCUCCCCAGCCCCAACCAGCUGAGCAGCCCCAGCCUGGGCUUCGACGGGCUGCCAGGCCGGCGCCGCAAGAAACGGACCAGCAUUGAGACCAACGUGCGCUUCGCCCUGGAGAAGAGCUUUCUCGCGAACCAGAAGCCUACCUCAGAGGAGAUCCUGCUGAUCGCAGAGCAGCUGAACAUGGAGAAGGAGGUGAUCCGUGUCUGGUUCUGCAACCGCCGCCAGAAGGAGAAACGCAUCAACCCCUGCAGCAGCACCCCAAUGCUGCCCACCCAGGGCAAGCCCCCUGGGUACGGCCCGCACAUGGUGACGAGUCCAGGCCCCGGCGUGAGUCUCCCGCUCUCCCAGGCUUCCAGCAGUCUGAGCACAACAGUGACUACCUUAUCCUCAGCGGUCGGCUCCCUGACCCCCAGCCGGACGGGAGCGGGCGGGGGGCCCCCCACCAUCAAUUCCGCCACGCCGCCCCCCCCCAACAGCGCCAACCCCAGCCCCCAGAGCAGCAGCCACUCGGCCAUCGGCCUGUCGGGCCUGAAUCCCAGCACAGGAAGCACAGUGCUAGGGGUGAACGCGGGGUUAAACCCGGCACUAAUGGCCACCAACCCACUGGCCACCAUCCAAGCGUUGGCCAGUGGUGGAACCCUGCCCAUUACCAGUCUUGAUGCCAGCGGUAACUUGGUCCUGGGCACCACGGCCAGCACCCCGGGGAGCCAGAGCAUUGUCACCUCGCCGCUCUUCCUGAACCACGCGGGGCUGCCCCUGCUGAGCGCCACCCCGGGGGGGGUGGGGCUGGUCUCCCUGUCCAGCAAGUCCCCCAGCCUCACCUCCGCCUCCUCCUCCUCCUCCUCCUCCUCCACCUGCUCCUCUUGCAGCUCCUCCAGUGAGGCGGCCGGGCCGCCCCCGGGCCACGCCGGGCCGGCAGCCUCCGAGCCGGACGGCAAGACGGCGUGAGGGGGGGCAGGGCGCUGCCCGCCGGUGCCGCGCAAGGAGGGGAGGCGGCAAGAGACGAGUGAAAGCAAAACUGUCAGCAGCAGCCAAAUGAAGAAAUCAACCAAAAAUAACCCAGAGCAGCCGAACCAAGGGACGAGAUGGAGAAACCAAAGCCGAAUUCCCCCGGCACUGGCGAUUCGGGGCCGUGCUUGGAAUGUCUUAUUCCCUCCGACACGCCCAAGAACCAGGCCCAGCCGCAGUCUGUCGUGGGAUCUGCCGCUUUCGCCAGAGCCCCAGCUCCCAGGGGCACGACGCUGGAGCAGCACUGGCGCUUUCCUCGAGGAAAAUCCAAUCUCCAGCUCUGCUGGGCCUGGAGAAAAUCGUGCGGUCGUGCCCCCGAAGGUGGCGAAAGCAGAAGGCAAAGAACCCAGAUUGGAUUGCGGUCUUUCGUUUUGUUUCGUUUCGUUUGAAAGCUCGUGAUUCUCAAUGGCGAUCUCGCCUUUGAUUUCCCGUGUGUUGAAAGCGGGGGGCUGGCCAGACGGGCGGCUUGAGUCGCUCUUCGGCCAGCGGAUUUGGUUUUUGGAAUUCUUUUUAUUUGAUUUUUCUCAGAGUGUUUCUUGGACAUUUUUUGGGGGGAAACAUAAGAAAAAAUAAGUGGGUUUUUUUGAUUGCACAGGAAGAAGAAAUAAGGGAAAUAAUAUGAAAAAAAAAAUCUCACACCAAAAAACCCCAACCCAUGACCAGUCCUAGCUUCGCCCAAAGGCUUUUUACAAACUUUUCUAACCUCUGUGUCCGGUCGAAUGUCUUUUGAAACCUUUUAUUUAUUAUGAAUUGAUUUUUAUUUGCCAUCUGGGAAGGGGGCUAGCGGGGGACGGGUGGGAGGCUCUUUUCACGUCAGAGUCACGCUCUUAACAAACUCGCUUUUGCUUUCGAUUUGAUAAAUCUCUAUUUUUUCAAUUUGCUUUUAUUUUUGUAAAAAACUAACCGGGCGGGAAGGUGGCUUUUCCGUAGCGCUCGGGAAGAUGUUUCCGAAGGGGUUUUCGGAUCUGCCUGCCGCAUUUAUCAGAGCCGGGCCUGCAUGGGGACGCUGUGCUUCAGUUUAACCGAACCGCCCCGGCUGCACAGACUUACCUGCAGGGUUCUGCUUUUCCAAAUCAGACAGGGAGCCACAGGCUGGUGAAAACGCCUGGUAGUGAGAGACUUCAGGAGCUUCUCCGAAAGGAGCCGGGCAGGUGACGUGAUGACAGCAUCUACGUCCUUUCACGGGGAGAAAAUCUUUAACCUGGCAGAGCAAGGCAGAGCAAGAACCAAAUUAACGCUGGAGAAAUUCCAGGAAGGCGCAGUGAUUAGCAGUGCGAGGUAUUAACCAUUGGGUGGCAGGGGCUGCGCCAUGGUGGAUCCAGCCUGGGUGCCUUUCUGAGAGAUCUGUAAGCAGCCUCCAGUUGGGCAGCUCUCGGAGCCGAGGGAAUCCACGACCCUGCCAUGUGUCCGCGGUGCAGCUUCAAGCUGCUCUGAAUCUAGCGAACCCCAAAUAAGCCUGAUUUAGCCUGGAAUCGGCUCAUCCGACGGGGCUUGCAGCCAUCUGGCUAAAUCGCUUUAAACUCACCCCUCUGCUUAAACUGCUGCACAGUCUUCAUGCAACCCCCCCGGCUCCCGCCCUUGCAAAGACUCUGGCGGGUGGGGACACUUCCAUGCUUUGCGUAGGUCCGGUGCUGUCAACGGGGCAACUGAAAGUGCUGCAGGCGGCUCCCGUGCUCAGCACUUUGCAGGAUUGCGAGCUCCCAGGGCAGGCAGCAAUGGAGCAGAGAGGGUUGCUAAGUUCAUAUUUUCUACCAGUCGUUUUCCAUUCCGUUUGUUCGGUUUUCCGUUCAGCGCGGGUAUCUCUGGGGUUAUUUUCUGAAGCAGGGGAAGGACAUAUAAUGGUUUAUUCUUAUUUUUAUAUCUACGUUCUGAAAAAAAAAAUCAUAUUCCAGUGCCUGACAAAAAAAGACAAACACAGAAAACCGGGAAUUUCAGCUUUCUUUACAUUUUCCAAAAGAAACCAAAAAAUCGCUGGAUCUAUGUACAGAAAAACAACGGCAUGAAGACGUUUGCUCUCACCGCAACAACUCGGGAUGCGAGAAAAAACUUUGAACCAAAAAAAUUCAUAACAAAGUGACCCAAGAAAACUCAAAUAAACCCCUUGAAUUGAAGAAGAAAGGAUUUGAAACAAUGGACCUAAAGGGGCAUGUCGACUUUUUCUGACUAGACUGAUGGCCUAACGCUCUUUCUCUGUCUUAAAAAAAAUACCUCAUGGACAUUGCGUUGAGAAGCCCUGGUUUAUGUGACAAAAGGACCAAAAAACCAGUUCCAAAUAAACCGAAUCGCCAGAAUGGGAUGGGGCUCAUGGAGAGUCCUGAGCGCCCUCCCCACGGGCGGAAAAGCUUUAAAAAACGGCUUCUUUCAACGCUGAGAUAUUGUUUGGUUUUUUUAAAACACAAAGACAACUUUUUCUUUGGGUUGUUUCGUUUUUAGUUGGAUUAAUUUUCGUGCGUGAUUGUUUCGUUUUGUUUUUUCAACGCCUGCGAACCAAAGUCUUGCUCCUUUCAGAGAAGGAAGUUAGCCAUGAGAAAAUGCCACCCGGCAACUAAAGAACAGAAUGGAAAAGUU